CCUGCUAUUCUUGGUGUUCGAUGGUUUAAUGUGUUCGUUCUCACUGCCACGCCAGUCGUGGGAUUAUUGGGUCUUUUCUGCCGUACUCUUGAUCGUCAAACUAUAGCCUUUUCCGUGCUGUAUUAUGUUUUUUCAAUGCUUGGUAUCACCGCUGGCUAUCACCGAUUGUGGUCCCACAGGUCGUAUAAUGCAUCCAUACCCCUACAGCUAUUUCUACUCGCUGGGGGGACCAGCGCAGUUCAGGGAUCUUGCUAUUGGUGGUCCCGAUCCCAUCGGUCACACCAUCGCUAUACGGACACAGAGCUCGAUCCAUACGAUUCCAAUCGUGGGCUACUAUGGACACAUCUAGGUUGGAUGUUGUUCGUAACAGACCUUCAUUCUGGGAAAGCAGAUGUCUCCGACCUUCGAAAUGAUCCGCUAUUGAAAUUUCAACAUCGCCAUUACUUUUAUCUGCUUCUUAUCUUCGGUUUCGUCAUCCCUACCAUCAUACCUGGGCUAAUGUGGGGGGAUUGGAUAGGUGGAUUUUGUAUUGCUGCAUGCCUUCGUCUGGUCGUGGCUCAUCAUGGUACCUUUUGCAUCAAUUCCAUCGCCCACUAUCUGGGUUCAACACCCUUUGACGACAAAUUGACUCCUCGUGAUCAUUUCCUGUCUGCGAUUCUUACGAUGGGUGAGGGAUAUCACAAUUUCCACCACCAGUUUCCUAUGGAUUAUCGUAACGCCAUCCGUUGGUAUCAGUACGAUCCAACGAAGUGGUUUAUAGCGACAUGUAAAGCUCUUGGGUUGGCCUCCCACCUUCGAAUGUUUUCGAAAAAUGAAAUUGAGAAGGGGGCGUUGACAAUGAAGCUCAAAAAACUUAAAAAGGUACAAGAAUCCCUUUACUGGCCAACGCCUAUCAAAGAACUGCCGGUAAUGUCCUGGGAAUCAUUCCAGGAACAAGCGAAGACGCGGCCGCUUAUCCUGGUGGCAGGCUUUAUCCACGAUGUUACGGCUUUUCUCCACGACCAUCCUGGGGGGUCUUCUAUCCUGACUGCAAGUUCAGGCAAAGACAUGACUUCUUCAUUCUUCGGGGGUGUCUACAGCCACUCCAAUGCUGCGCAUAACUUGCUAUCCAUGAUGCGAGUGGGCGUCCUUCAUGGUGGCGUCGAAAUGCCGGCAGAGCACGCUCUUCCUCCUGCCCAAAGCCUCUAUGUUGCCACGCGUCUUGGCGCCAUAUAA